CCCGCCCAGGGCCGCCUGCGCUCGCCAGCGCCCGGCCGCAGCAGCGGGGCCAGUGCGGCGCGGGGGGCGGGGAUUGUUUACGUCUCGUUCCGGAGCCGAAAGUAGGUCACGGCCGCCCGGCGGAGCGCGGCGGCGACGGCAGAUCCUGUCCGCCAUGGCGAGGCGCCCUCGCAGCAGCACAGCUUGGCAUUUCGUCUUGAGUGCUGCCCGCCGAGAUGUGGAAACCCGUGCUGUGGCUCUGGCAGGGAGCGCAAACUGGGGCUACGACUCUGAUGGGCAGCACAGUGACUCCGACUCGGACCCCGAGUCCUCGGCCCCGCCGCCACCCAUCCCCAGUGCUGUGCCUGUGACCGGGGAGUCCUUCUGUGACUGUGACAGUCCAAGCGAGGCCUCUUUCUGCAACAGCCUGCACGCAGCGCACCGGGGCAAGGACUGCCGCUGUGGCGAGGAGGAUGAGCAUUUUGACUGGGUGUGGGAUGACCUGAAUAAGUCCUCGGCCACCCUGCUGAGCUGUGACAACCGCAAGGUCAACUUCCACACGGAGUACAGCUGUGGUACGGCGGCCAUCCGGGGCACCAAGGAGCUGGGGGAGGGCCAGCACUUCUGGGAGAUCAAGAUGACCUCUCCCGUCUACGGCACCGACAUGAUGGUGGGCAUUGGGACGUCAGACGUGGACUUGGACAAGUAUCACCACACGUUCUGCAGCCUGCUGGGCAGGGAUGAGGACAGCUGGGGCCUCUCCUACACAGGGCUCCUCCACCACAAGGGCGACAAGAUGAGCUUCUCGUCGAGAUUUGGGCAGGGCUCCAUCAUCGGUGUGCACCUGGACACCUGGCACGGCACCCUGACCUUCUUCAAGAACAGGAAGUGCAUAGGCGUGGCGGCCACCCAGCUGCAGAACAGGAAGUUCUACCCGAUGGUUUGCUCCACGGCGGCCAAGAGCAGCAUGAAGGUGAUCCGCUCGUGCGCCAGCGUCACGUCCCUGCAGUUCCUGUGCUGCUACCGCCUGCGCCAGCUGCGGCCCGACUCCGGGGACACGCUGGAGGGGCUGCCGCUGCCGCCCGGCCUCAAGCAGGUGCUGCGCCACAAGCUGGGCUGGGUCCUGAGCAUGAGCUGCGGCCGCCACAAAGCCCCCACACCCUCACCCAAGGCCAAGGCCGAUCCCAGUGGCUCCGAGACCCGGCGCUGCCAGAGGAAGCGCUGCCGACGGACCUAACUCAUUUUCCAACGAAAACUGCUUUUCCAGGCCAAGGUGGCAUGUCCUCUUGGCGCCCCCUUUGGGCCACGUUCCAGGGCAGCAGGCAAGGGCAGAGCCGAGGUGCGUCGCCCCCAGCCGUCCCUGCUGCCUGAGGCUGGGAUGGGCCCUGUGAUCCUGAGAGCAGGACUGUCCAAGGGCACCUGCUUCCUGCGCCGGGUGUGGGGGACACGGUCACAGGCAGCGCCGUGGCUGCCACCAACGUGGGCUCUUUCUUAACUUGCUUUUGCAUGCUGUCAGCUGCGGCGCCUCCUGUCCGAGGUGGAAACGACCCUAAUAAACCUGGCGUUUGUGUAACGCC